CACUUGCCGCCUCCCUCCCGAUCGCGCAGCCAUGGCACCCGCAACGCCCCAGCAGAGCACAGAGAAGGCGCAGUCCGCGGCCCCGGCGCAUCAUGCCGCGCCCGUGGUGCCGCACUCGGCGCCCAAGGUGGACCCCGCCGUCGCCCUGGCUGUGCGCCGAGCGAAGCCGCCGCGCGCCAAGUUCUGGCGGCCGCUGCUGCGCAUGGUGAUCUUCCACAUCUACUUCCUGCCGCUCACCGUGGGCGUCGCGCUGCCGGCGCUCAUUCUGAAGAACCUGCUGCCCUUUAUGCGCACGCACCCGCAGUGGUCCUUCCUGCAGGCGCUCUCCGUGUCCGUGGUGCGCUGGGCGAUGCACAACUUCAUCGCCUUGCGCUUGCAGCCGAUUGCGCCGCGCGAGGGUGGCUGGCGCGAGAGCCCUAACUUCCUCGCCGCGCUGCUUGUCACUCUCAACCUGUCCGGGCCGGGCGGCUUCGCGGCGGUCAGGCGCCCGCAGAAGGUGGUCAAGGCCGCCAAGAAGCAGACGCACGGCCACGACCGCGUCUGGAUGGACGCGCCGCCGCUCGAGUACUUCCGCGGCCUUCUCACAAUCCACUCGGGCUCGAGCAGCGCCAUGGUCCGCAGCCCGACGUACACGGGCCCGCCGCUCGUUGACCCCAGCUGGGCCAAGGCGCGCACGCGGGCGUUCUGGUUCAUGCGCAAGGCAGGCGAGGCCCCGCCGGAGCUGGACGGCAGCAAGCGCGACCGGCCUGUGAUCCUGUACUUCCACGGAGGCGCCGGCGUGACCUUCGCGGCCGGCGAUAUCUUCAUGGGCCAGACGCUGGCGCGCAACCUGGCCAGCACGACGGGCAUCGACGUCUUCUCCGUCGACUACGCCCUUGCGCCACACGGCGCGUUCCCGAUUCCGGUGACGCAGGCGCUGGCCGCCUGGCUGCACCUCCAGUCGAUGGGCUAUGCGCCUGACCAGAUCUUCCUGGGCGGCGACUCGUUCGGCUCGCACCUUUCGCUCGCGCUCGAGCGCUACCUGCGCCUCGAGAUGCCGGCACUGCACGGCGAGGGCCACUCGCAGAAGCCGCUGGGCAUGAUCCUGCUCUCGCCGUGGGUGUCGGCAGUGGACCAGCACUGGCCCUCGCGCGAGGACAACAUCAAGUACGACAUCAUCACGCGCUCGUUCCCGAUCUGGGGCCUCGACGCCAUGCGUGUUGGGCCGAAGCACAAGCACCGCAACGGCACCCUCGCCAACCUUGAGAACCCCUGGAUCUCACCCGUCAACCAGCCCAAGGAGGAGUACGCGCAGCACUGCCCGGCAUUCGUGGCCAAUGGCGCCCUGGAGUGCCUGCUCGACGAGGGCAAGGAGUUCGUCAAGCGGUCGCGCAGCGCCGGCGCCGCCGUUGAAUACGUCUGCGUGGCCCUCGAGCCGCACGACUUCUUCACUAUGAGCACGUCCGUGCAGGCCUCGCGCGGCGUGUACCGCAAGAUCGGCACAUGGGCGCGCAAGCUGCUCGACAAUCGGCCGUACGAGCUCGCAUGAUUGCACAGGGACCCACACACGUCUUGCCACUUGCUUAUUGCCAUCGCUGCCUCUCCCGGGACCAUCGGACACGCC